CUGUACAUGGUUAUUUGGGAGACACCCUCUGACCCAAGGCCCACUGAGCUGGUAAUAGCUUCUUCCUUUGCACCCCUUUCUCCUAACUGGCAGAGUGUUUUCAUGUUGGGUGACUGCCCUCUUCCCACGGACUCCUGCAUCCAGAACUGGGCUAGUGGGCAAGGUGGUUGGAUUGUUGACAGCCUUGGGCAGACACUUCUAUUGCCUGACGACAUGCAAUACUUUGUCGAGGGCAGUGAUGAGGCUAUCUCCCUUAAGCUAAAAUGGCAUACUAUUGCGACAUCUCAAAUGACACAUAUGUUGGAGGGACAACUAAAUGGCGCCGUGGAAGAGGCUGAGAAGGAGAGGGCUCUUAAGGAGGUAUCUGAGGCACUCUGCAGGACUAAGUUGUAGCACUGGUGGUUGCCAAAAGGAGA